AUGCUCGCAGCGCAACGAAUCCUUCGGCGAAGCCCGCGCCAUGCGUUGCCUACCAUGCAUGCGAUGUCGCUGGUCUCGCUGCGGCGCGACGACGACCAUGUACGUGGCUUCCGCAGCACGGCGCCCGUGGAGCGCCACCCGAUCAUGCUUGGGCUCGUGGGCGCGAGCUUGGCCCUCACAGCGCACUACACGCUGCGCGCGCACCGCCGCCUCCAAGCGGAGAAGGAAGCCCAGCCUUUCGAGCGUGCAUCGAUGCUUCUCGGCCUUGACUUGGGUCUGAGCAGCACGCGCCUCGCUGGUCUCGACACCAAGGGGACACACGAAGACACGAUCGUCGCCGAGCCCUCGGCCGUUCAAGUCCGCAGCGGCGAGGUCAUCGUUGGCGCGCUCGCCGUCAAGAACGCGGUGCCUCGCCUCCGCGACGAGCUUCUGCACUGGCGGCCGCUGACGCAGCUGGGCGUCGAUGCGAGCGAGACCGACCCCGCGUUCACGAUCGACACGGUGCUCACAACGCUCGUGCGCCGGCUCCACGAAGGAGUCGCGAACGCCCUCGAAAAGGACGAAGAUAGCGUCCCGUGCGUCGUGGCCUUGCCCCCGAGCUUUGGCGACGCCGAGAAGGACCGACUGCGCGCGAUUCUGCAAGCGGCCAACAUGCACGUGCUCGGGUACGUGCGGGAGCCAAUCGCGGCGGUGUUUGCCGCGUCCGACUGGGACGACACGCUGCGCACUGUGGCGGUGGUCGAUAUGGGCGGUGUCGAGACGCAGUGCUCGAUCCUCAACUGCACCGAUCCGACGGCGCCGGUCAUUCUUGCGUCCAAGGCGACAGAAGGCAUGAGCGGUGCGACGGUCGACGCCGCAAUCGUUGAGCUUCUCGCGCGCGAGUUUCAAGCCAAGUCGUCCAUCGACCUCCGGACAGACAGCCUCGCGAUGGACCGGCUGCGCGAAGCUGCUGAAAAUGCCAAGAAGGAGCUGUCGACGGCCAAGGUCAGCCACGUGAACCUGCCGUUCAUCACGGCCGACCAAAAGGGCGCCAAGCACCUUGAACACGCCUUUUCACUCUCGGCGCUGCAGCGGCUCGUGGCGCCGUCGCUCGCAGAAGGCCGGACGGUUAUUGCCGCCGCGCUGGCCGACGCCAAGCUCACGCCGCAAGACGUUGACGCGGUGCUCUUUUGCGGCGGCGGGAUGAAGUCCAAGUUUAUGCAAGGCGAGAUCGCAACGUAUCUAGACCACCCCGUCGUCAUCAACACGGGCAACGAGGAAGAUGCAGUCGUGCGUGGCGCGCUCGAGGCCGGUCGCCGGUACUGGGCCGAGAUGGAAGCCGCCCGCGAGUAG